AAGAAGAGAACCGGCUUUUUUAGGGGAAACAGAGACAACCUGGUCAAUAUCCUAUAUAUGUACAUGAGCGCGAACACCAUGAUCUUUAUGGUGCUGGGGGCGUCCAUUGUCAUGGCAAUAGCUUGCUUGAUGGACAUGAACGCUCUUUUGGACCGAUUUCACAAUUACAUCUUACCGCAUUUAAGAGGGGAAGACCGGGUCUGUCACUGCAACUGUGGAAGGUACCACGUUCACUAUGUCAUCCCGUACGACGGAGACCAGUCAGUGGUGGACUCAUCAGAGAAUUACUUUGUCACCGACAAUGUAACUAAGCAGGAGAUUGACCUGAUGCUGGGACUCUUGUUAGGAUUUUGUAUAAGCUGGUUCUUGGUCUGGAUGGAUGGGGUUCUACAUUAUGCUGUAAGAGCAUGGAGGACCAGUAGACGAUAUGACAACUCUUGGUCGUGGAUUCCCAAGUUUUGUAACUUAAGGGAUUUUCGAAAACGUCACCCGCGGCAGUAUGACGACACCAGUGGAAACAUGGUUCACAUCAAGCAAAAGCUGUAUCAUAAUGGCCAUCCAAGUCCUCGGCAUCUCUGA